AUCCCCCCCACGCCCUCCUUGAAGCCGUCAACACCCAAACCCCGCGUAGACACCCCCCUCACCCCUCCCGAUUCCGGCGCCCGCCAAUCCGUUCCGGCGCAGCCAGAGGCGUCCUCGGUCCGGCCAUGGCCGACCCCGUCCUCGUCGACGACCUCGGCCUCUUCAGGCCACCGCCGGCCUCCGUCUACGACGACAUGUUCGACUCCUGCUUCAACCGCGCGGCCGAGGCCCCCGAGCCGUCGUCCGCGGCCUCCUCAUCCUCGCCGUCGCCGCGCCCGCCCGUGUUCGACAAGCCGAUCUUCGACGACGAUCCCGACGCGGCCGAUGUCGACCCCUUCGACGCGAUCCCCUUGUUUGGAGGUGGCGUCGGCGGCGGCGGCGGUGAAGGGGAGGAGAACUUCCUCGGUGGCCUCGGGAGCGCGGCGAAGCCAGAGGGGAAGAGGGAGCCGGAGGUGGCGGGGUUUGAUGACGACUUGAUGCCUGGGCUUGGUGGGAGCGCCAGGUCGACGGAGCCGGUGAGGGAGGCGGAGACGGACCAGGAGGCGCCGGGGUUUGACGACGAUUCGGUCCCUGGGUUUGGUGGGAGCACGAAGCCGGCGCCGCAAGCGGAGCCCGAGGUGGUGGGGUUUGAUGAUGGUGUGAUCCCUGGGUUUGGUGGGAGCACGAACCAUGACGAUUCGGCAAGGGAGGAUCCUAUAACAAGAGAAGAAAGUGAAUCAAUUUCGUCCAGCAAAAUGAGUGUGAGCAUGCCGGAAGAUCCUUUUGUCAUUUUAGGUGCUAUGCCCAAAUCGGGAUAUUCAUCCUUUAGAUUGUUUUCAGACCAUUUGGAUAACAUCGGCAUGCCUGCGAAGUCAGGGAACACAAAGGUUGAUGCCCCUUCUAAUACUAGUGUGGUGUUUCAGAGCUCUGAUAUUUUUGCUGGGUUUCCAAAAGCCAUGCCAUCCUAUUCAUUUACAUCUGAAAAAAAGAGCGAUACAACUGAAAGGAGAUCUGUAGAUAACAUAAAUAGCAUGAGUCAUUGCAAUCAGACGGCUCAGGAAAAGCCAGUCCAACGAGCUUCAGCAGAAGCGCAUGGCAAUGUAUUGCCUGUGAUGAACGUCUUUGAGCCAUCUGUUCUCCAUGAAGUACCUGGCACCACUGGUUUCCAGACUUUAAACCCAUUUGCUAUGGAUAUGCCAGAUGAAUUGCCAGAGGAGAAUCAAUAUUCAAAAAUGCCUAAUGAUGUGUGGCUAACUGUUUCAGAUAUUGCUCUAGUGACACAACCUACAAGUGUACCACCUCCUUCACGUCCUCCACCUCCACUUGCCACCAAGCAACCACUAACUGAAUCUGUCACUAGCAAAACAUAUCCUCAUCUUCAUAAUCAAGGCUUCCAUCAUUCCGUUAGUUCUGCAAAUACUUCUAAAACAUCCCAAAUUAAUGAACUGGAAGAUUUUUUCAUGGCAAAGCCUGCUAAGUUUGCCAAUGGGCAUCCACAAGCUCUAAAUCAUGAAGGAAAGGAACAAUACUCUUCUACAGCUACUGUAAGUUUCAUGGAUUGGGCUGAAUUGAGACAUUCUAAAGGGAUAAACCAAGGGGCUUUCGAUUCUAUGUUCACUAGCAGUCAGUAUCGACAGCAGGAAAUAGACGAGAAAAUAGAGUUUUGUUCUCAUGAAAUGGAAAAUAUAAAUGAAGAAGGGAGAGUAGAGAAUGAACGAAGACAAAGAGAACAUGAAGAGGAGCAAAGAAGUGCAGAAAUGGAGAGGGAAGAAGAGCUUGAGAGGGAAAGAGAAAAGGUGAGACAAAGGGAACAAGAGGAGCGAAAGAGGUGUGAGAAAGAGAGAGAGGCCAGGCAGGCUGUAGAGAAGGCCAUUCGGGAGGCACGCGAAAGAGCAGGUGCUGAAGCACGCAUGCAAGCUGAGAGGAUGGCUCGUCAAAGGGCGGAACGAGCUGCAGUACAGAAAGUAGCAGCAGAAGCUCGUGAGAGAGCUGUGGUGGAGGCAAAGGAAAGAGCUGCAAAGGCUGCUGCAGAAGCUAAGGAAAGAGCAGCAGCAGAGGCUAGGGAAAGGGCUGAAGCAGAAUCAAGGGAAAGUGCCGCCAAAGCUGCUGCAGAAGCAAGGGAGAAGGCAGCAGCAGAAUCUCAGGAGAAAGCUGCUGCAGAAGCUCGGGCAAAAGCUGAGCGAGCUGCUGUUGAGAAAGCUGCAGCAGAAGCAAGGAGGAGGGCUGAAAGAGCAGUUUUUGAGAGGGUUGCUGCUGAAGCUCGACAAAGGGCUGCUAAUGAAGCUAGAGAAAGGGCUGCAGCUGAAGCACGGGCAAGAGAAAAUAAGCAUAGAACAGCAACAGCGCAACCUGAUCUUGAGUCUAUCUUUGGUAUGCCUUCUAGAUCAAGCAGUGUAUCAAGAUCACAAACUGCAACAACGAAUCCUUUUGAUGUUCAACCUCAAGGUAGUUCUGGUUCUGGUACUGUGAGGACAUCUUCGGGUUCAGCUUCUCCCUUCGCUCAGCCUUCAUCAAGCAAUCUUAUGGAUGACUUAUCUUCUAUAUUUGGAGCACCUUCAUCAUCUGCUGUAUUUCAAGAAUUGGAUGGAGAGAGUGAAGAAAGAAGGAAGGCAAGAUUAGAGCGUCACCAAAGGACAAUGGAGCGUGCGGCAAAAGCUCUUGCUGAAAAAAAUGAGCGUGAUUUGCAAGCUCAGCAGGAGCAGGAAGAGCGACAUAGAAUUGGUGAAACACUUGAUUUUGAGAUAAAGAGGUGGGCUGCUGGGAAGGAAGGCAACUUACGGGCCUUGCUAUCAACAUUGCAAUAUAUUCUUUGGCCUCAAUGUGGCUGGCGACCUAUAUCAUUGACUGAUUUAAUUACAGCUGCAUCUGUCAAGAAAGAAUACAGGAAAGCUACAUUGUGCAUCCAUCCUGAUAAGGUGCAGCAAAAGGGUGCAAAUCUUCAACAGAAAUACAUUGCAGAAAAGGUGUUUGACCUUCUAAAGGCAGCAGGGACUUCGUUCUGGAGAGUGGAGGGCUCGAUUUGAACAUUCCCUAAUCAGCUCCAUUGAGUCCAAGCUCGCUGCUGCAGGUUCUCGAGCUCGAUCCCGGUGAUUCCUUGCCGGAUUUGCCAAGCUCUGCUUCUAAUUUCGUCUCCUUGUCGUUCCAGCCACCACUAGGUGCUGAUUUAUGCCGUUGAUGGUCAAUUUUUGCCACACGGCUCGGUUUGUUCUCUGUUGGCUGCCGGAUUCGAGGAUGAUAUGACGACGUGGAGGGGUUGUGUGGCGUGGCAGUGAUUGAGCAAACGUGCAGCCAAAGUUUGCCCGUGCAGGAGAGCCGAUUUGGCUCUCCCACGUGGGCAAGGAUUUCCUUGCCAGCCUGGGCUAGAUUGUCUGGCAAAGCAAGGUUUUGGAAGAGAACCAAACACAUAGCCUUGCUAGGCAAGGAGAGGCAAGCCCUUGCCUAGGAACCAAACGUGCCCUACAUUUCAGCUGUUAUUUUAGCUCGUUGCUGCAUCUGUGAUUCAAAUGCAUUCUUAGUGUUAUGACAUGAAACAUUUUCACGACUUGCAAGCGAUGGUGUUAUUCUAUU